AAUUAACACCGGAUAUGCAUACUUAGCCGCUUUUUAUUUGAUACGAAUAUGAGUAAUAAACAAUUAGAAUGAAAAUUAGUUCUGAUAAUAAAUAAAUGUUUGUGUAAUAAAUUAUAUAAAUGAUAUAAGUUUGUCUAUAAAUUUCUAAUCAUAAGUUUCCUAUUCCUCUACAUACCCUAUUUCAGUUGAUAUAAAACAUAAGCGAACCUAUUGCGAUCAAUAAGAAUUGGGGAUCUUGAAUUUUCGAGAUCGAGAGGGGAUGAAAAACUUUGGAUAUAUUCGGCGGAAUUUCGAUACAUUGAUACGAUUCAAAAUAUCGAAAUUUAAUUCGAUUCUCUCGACAUACGCGUGAAAUUUGAUUUCAGCAAGAGAAUGAAGAGGCGUAUAAAAAAUAUAAUGUUUCAAAAGUUUUGAAUAAAAUUGUCGCUGUAAAGGAUAGAUGUAUAAAAUAAAACAUUAAUCAGUUAAACUUGAUGUUACAAAGGAGUGAUUAAUAUUUGGUAAAUAUUUAGAAAUUAUCUGUUUUUACAUAAUGAAUCAAAUACCCAAGAAGAGUACUUAUCAAAAAAUAAUGCUACACAUAGCUGAUGUUUUACCAGCAAAAUUACGCCCUUAUUUCUUACACCCCACAGGACCUACCACAGUAUUUUUUUGGGCACCAACUUUUAAGUGGUGUUUAGUAAUUGCAGGAAUAGGAGAUGUUCAACGACCUCCUGAUACAAUUUCCUUAUAUCAGACUGCAAGUCUUAUGGUGACAGGUGCUAUAUGGUCCAGAUAUUCACUGGUAAUUACUCCAAAGAACUACAAUCUAUUCAGUGUAAACGCAUUUACAAGCAUGACAGGAGCAUAUAACUUUGUACGAGGACUUUUAUAUCAAAUUCAAGAAGAUUCAAAAUAAUAUUUUAAUAAACAAUGUAUGUAAAAUAUGUCACAGAAAAAUGUACAGUGGUUGAUUGUUUUAAUCAUUUAUUUUAGAGUACUAUUUCAC